UUCAUUUACAUACAUACGUUUUUUUGUUGACAUUGUUUAGCCAUACCGAGUGGGCCAGGCCAGGCGGCGAACGCCCAGGCCCGUUUGUUAAAUGAGAUAAACGGUAAGCUUCAUCGGGACCUCAUCCACGAAUCCGUGCGGGAGGAAGGCACCUGCCAUCGACAAAAUGGAGGCAAAGCUCUCCAAGGCAUCGCGAGCCCUCAACGCCUCGCCCAUCCAAGAGAUCUCCCACCUCGCCCAGCGAUGUGGCGCCAUCAACCUUGCCGAGGGCUUCCCCGACUUCCCCGCCCCUCCCCACGUCAAGCACGCCGCCGUCGCAGCCAUCGCCGCUGAUCUCAACCAGUACAGACAUGUGCAGGGCAUAUGUGACUUAUUGGCAGUAAAGAUGAAACAAAAUCACGUUCUUGAUUUCGAUCCGCUUACAGAUUUUGUGAUAUGUUGUGGUCAAUCUGAAGCCUUCGCUGCAACUAUACUGGCAACAAUUGACCAGGGUGAUGAGGUUCUAAUAUUUGACCCGGCCUAUGAGACCUACGAGUCAUGCAUCAUUUUAGCUGGAGGUAUCCCUGUGUAUGUGCCGCUGGAUCCACCUUACUGGACACUAAAUGUAGACAAGUUUAUGAGAUCGUUUACUGGGCGAACAAAAGCUGUGGUUCUGAACAGUUACAGUCCGCACAACCCUACUGGAAAGGUUUUCUCUAAGGAAGAGCUUGAGGUAAUUGCUGCAGCAUGCUGCCAGAUGGACUGCCUUGCUAUAACUGAUGAAGUGUAUGAAUAUAUAACUUUUGAUACACACAAGCAUUUAUCCAUUGCAUCACUUCCAAUGAUGAAAGAAAGGACAAUUAUCACAUCAUCCUUGUCCAAAACUUUUAGUGUGACAGGUUGGAGGAUUGGCUGGGCUUGUGCACCAACUGCCAUUGCAUCUGCAAUUAGAAAUAUUCAUAUCAAAGUCACAGAUUCAGCUCCGGCACCUUUCCAAGAAGCUGCCUUGGCUGCCUUGCAAAGUCCUCCAGAAUAUUUUAGUUCUCUGAAAGCAGAUUAUGUAGCAAAGAGAAAUUUUCUCAUUAAAAUGUUAUCUGAAGUUGGUUUUCAAGUCCAUAACAAACCACAAGGAUCAGUGUUUAUAUUUGCAGAGCUACCAAAGACCUGUCUACUUUCCGAUAUAGAUUUUGUCAAGGAAUUGAUCGAGAAAGCAGGAGUGGCUGCUGUGCCUGGACGUGGAUUUUUUCAUGGAGAUUGCAAUGAUCAGACUCAACAAAGCAGAUACGUGAGGUUUGCUUUCUGCAAGAGUAACGAUACUUUGAGUGCUGCUGAUCAAAAGAUGCGAAGUUGUGUUGGUAAAUAACUCAUUCAAAAAAAGGUAGAUCAUGUUUCAUGUUGUAGUUGCCAAUGAGGAUAUGAACCGAAACAUAACAAUCUAGGGUGUCUGGUGCUUUGAGAAAUUGGUUUGAAUGGUGAUGCAAAUUCCAAGGCACUGGCGUAAAGAGAUUAAUUGCAACCCAUGAUCAUGCCGUCUUGUUGGA